CCGCCCCCCUCUUUGCCACCCGUCGAACGGCAGCUCCAAGAAAGUGGAACUCCCGUCGCCCCACUUACGUGGCGUUGUCGAUCCUCGGCCGAUGGCCUCCGAGCUCAUCUACCGCGGUGGCCACGACGCUUACCGCUCGGUGAGCGGCGGCGACUACGUCCCCAAGCCGGAGAAGCGGAUCCUCUGGCUCUCGCGCCCGAUUCGCUAUCUCCUCCGGGAGCAACGCCUCGUCUUCGUGCUCGUAGGCAUGGCCCUUGGCUCACUCUUCUUCGCCCUCGCUCCCUCAUCUUCUUCCUCCUCUGCCGUGGCGGUCGAGAUCGCUUUGCGCUCGGUGGAGCCGACGAGGUUCGGUGCGUUCCAGCAGCACCACCACAGGACGGCGUUCGAGGCGGCGAAUAAGGGGUUCGUGGGGGGGAAGGUGCCGCUGGGGAUCAAGCGGAAGGGGCUGCGCGUCGUGGUGACGGGCGGGGCCGGGUUCGUGGGGAGUCACCUGGUGGACCGGCUGAUCGCCAGGGGGGACAGCGUGAUCGUGGUGGACAACUUCUUCACGGGGCGGAAGGAGAACGUGAUGCAUCACUUCGGGAACCCCAACUUCGAGCUCAUCCGCCACGACGUCGUCGAGCCGCUGCUGCUCGAGGUCGACCAGAUCUACCACCUCGCCUGCCCCGCCUCCCCCGUCCACUACAAGUUCAACCCAAUCAAGACCAUCAAGACCAAUGUGGUGGGAACUCUCAACAUGCUAGGCCUGGCCAAGAGAGUGGGGGCCAGAUUCCUCCUCACCAGCACCAGCGAGGUCUAUGGUGAUCCAUUGCAGCACCCUCAAGUUGAGACCUACUGGGGCAAUGUUAAUCCCAUUGGAGUUAGGAGCUGCUAUGAUGAAGGCAAGCGCACUGCAGAGACGCUGACCAUGGAUUACCACCGUGGUGCCCAAGUCGAGGUGAGGAUUGCUCGAAUCUUCAACACCUAUGGGCCUCGCAUGUGCAUCGAUGAUGGCAGGGUGGUCAGCAAUUUUGUUGCUCAGGCCUUGAGGAAGGAGCCACUGACUGUUUAUGGAGAUGGAAACCAGACAAGGAGUUUCCAAUAUGUCUCCGACCUGGUGGAGGGUUUGAUGAGGCUGAUGGAAGGAGAACAUAUUGGUCCAUUCAAUCUGGGAAACCCCGGAGAGUUUACAAUGGUGGAGCUUGCUAAAGUUGUGCAGGAAACCAUUGAUCCCGAUGCCAAAAUUGAGUUCCGCCCCAACACAGAGGAUGAUCCCCACAAGCGCAAGCCUGACAUCACCAGGGCCAAGGAGCUGCUCGGCUGGGAGCCCAAGAUCCCUCUCCGCCAAGGCCUUCCGCUUAUGGUCUCUGACUUCCGUAAGCGUAUCUUUGGUGAUCACUCCGACGCCAAUCCUUCCACAACUUCUAAAACUACUGGCACUGGAUCCUCCUAAGAGUCUAUAUUUUCAUCCUAUACGGGAUAUAUACAGACCAUAAGAAUCCCAUUCGGCAGAAGCGAGGAGACACACAGAUCUUGGGUUGCUUGGUUUAGGUUACUAAUGAGUUAUCCAUUGUCCCAUAGCUGUUGUAUGAGCUAUACUACUGCUGCAGGCUGAGAGAUAGCUGCAGCUGCAUUGCAGUGGUGCAAGUCCCUUUGGAUAAUACAAUUUCAUCAUGUAUCUUUACUUGCUGUAGCAGAUUGGCCUUCUGUAUUGGAUUUUAUUAUUGUAAUGUUAGAUUAUGUUAUAUUCCCUUGGCAGAA